CUGCAGAUACCUGAGCAGAGGACCAUAAAGGACCCAUCGAUGUCUUCUUGAAUCUCAGCGUUCCUAGUUCUCAAGACCCAGAAAACCCUUUUUGUUCAUCUGGGUUCUUUCAUAGAGUGCGAGCUGCAAUGGAAAGCAUUGUACCAGUACUAAACUGUUUUCUCCUGCUCAUUUGAGCUUCUGCUGGUUAUUUUGUUCUCUUUUUUCCUUUUGACUGAGGACUGAAUCUCAUUUUGAAUAACUCUUUUCCCAUUUUCUGAAAAGAUUAUAACCUACCCUGAUCCAGAAAGCUGGAUUUUCGGUAAACCGUGGGGGUUCUUUACUGUUUGGAGCAUUUGCAAGGUUACUUCUGUUAGUUUCAAACACUGAAGGUAUCUUCCAGGUAUGGAUUUUGAUAGAGUACCUGCUGUGAUCGUUUGAAAGGUUUCGUGACAUCAUCUAUUGAAUUCCUCGAUAUUUAAGCGUUCUUCGGGCUCGAGCUUGUAUCUCCUGAAGUAAUUUUUGGUACAAGAUGAGAGAAGAGAACCCUUCAGAGAGCCGACCAAAGCUAUGCAAAUUUUCUGAUCAAAAUCAGAUGGUGAGGGCUAAUGUUAAAGUUGUUAGCAACUCAUCGAAACUCAAAUCUGCUUCAGCUUGGGGGUCACACAUUGUAAAAGGCCUCUCAGGAGAAAAGAAAAGCAAGGUGCAGGGUGCGAAGCCACCUCUCACCAGUUCAGAAAUCUCUAAUCAGAGGAAUCCUUUUGGGCCGAACCAAUCUCGUGUAAAACGGUCUCUUAUUGGAGAUUUUCCAUGUACAGCAAAUUAUGCUCAAGUUCAUCCACAUACUCUCGAUUCCCAUCACACAAAGUCCUCAUCUCGUGAUUUGUUCCUUGAGUUAGACCAUUUGAGAAGCUUACUCCGAGAAUCAAAAGAAAGAGAAUCAAAACUGAAGGCUGAGCUGUUGGAAUAUAAGAAAAACCCAAAAAUCUGUGAUCUUGAAAGGGAGCUUGAAUCAAAGAAGAAUGAAGCUGAGAAACUUGUUCAGCGAGUUCGUUUUCUAGAAGCUGAAAAAUCAAGCUAUUCUGAACAACUGGUGUCUUUAUCCUCAAUUUUAGAAAGCCAACCAGAAUCAUCGAAACAAGAAGAGCUAGGAAAUUCAACGGCUUCACAUAAGAAUCUUGAGAUGGAAGUAGUUGAAUUGCGGCGAAUGAACAAAGAACUCCAGCUGCAGAAGAGGAAUCUUGCAUGCCAUCUAUCCUCUGCAGAAUCCCAAUUGGCUACUCUUACAAAGGUUUCUGAGAGUGACAUUGUAGCAAAGGUUGAAGCAGAGGCAUCUCUGUUAAGACACACAAAUGAAAAUCUGUGCAAGCAAGUUGAAGGGCUACAGAUGAGCCGGCUAACUGAGGUUGAGGAACUUGUAUACCUUAGGUGGGUCAAUUCAUGUCUACGUAAUGAAUUGAGCAAUGCAGGCUCCACAAUGGAUUCAGAUAAAUUGUUGACUCCGAAUUCAGUUGAAAAGAACAGUGAAUCUGUUAGAGCUAUAUCUCUUCCCACCAAGGGUUCCUUUGAAUUUAGCAAUGCAAAGAAACCAAGUAUGAUAAGCAAGUUCAAGCGGUGGCCAAAAGUUGGGGAGGAUUUAUCAAAUUUAGAAUUUCCACAUCAUCUCCUAGAUAAAGAUUGGGUUGACCUACAAGAAAGUGUGAGUCCCAAAAGAAGACACUCUAUUUGCGGAUCAAAAUCCUGUACAGAAGGCUUAAUAGCAAGUAAGAGAAGGCAAUCUGAUGUUUUUAUUUCUGGAAAAGAAAUAGAGAAGGAUGGAAUACCACUGGUUGCUCAGAAAUAUGAUCUAGGUGUUGUUCAGAGUCCUCAGUUCUUUGUGAACAAGCAGGAAACCAAUAAGAUUACAGCUUCUUUGGAUGUUGAGAAGCGACCAUUGCGCAUUCCUAAUCCUCCUCCAAGGCCUUCAGUGUCCCUUCCUAGUGUAGCUAGGGAAGAUGGGAAUGCUUCAAUUCCACCACCUCCACCUCCCCCACCACCUCCUCCUAAGUUCACAGCAAGAAGUAGCACAAGUGUGGUGCAGAGGGCUCCAGAGGUAGUUGAAUUUUACCAUUCACUAAUGAAGAGGGAUUCAAGAAAGGAACCUUCAAGUGGAGGAAUAUGUGAUGCACCAGACGUUGCAAAUGUCCACAGCAGCAUGAUCGGUGAGAUUGAGAAUCGAUCAUCCCAUUUGCUUGCUAUAAAGGCGGAUGUAGAGACUCAAGGUGAGUUUGUGAACUCAUUGAUAAGAGAGGUCAAUGGUGCAGUUUAUCAAGACAUUGAAGAUGUUGUGGCAUUUGUGAAGUGGCUUGAUGAAGAACUUUGCUUUCUCGUGGAUGAAAGGGCAGUUUUAAAGCACUUCGAUUGGCCAGAGAAGAAAUCUGAUAUUUUACGAGAAGCAGCAUUUGGGUAUAGUGAUCUGAAGAAGUUGGAGGCUGAAGUCUCUUCUUAUGAGGAUGAUCCUCGACUUCCUUGUGACAUUGCACUGAAGAAAAUGGUCACCUUGUCUGAAAAGAUAGAGCGUAGAGUUUAUAACCUUCUCCGGGCCAGAGAUGUGUUGAUGCGUAACUGCAGAGAGUUCCAGAUCCCUACAAAUUGGAUGCUGGACAUUGGGGUUAUUAGCAAGUUUGCAGGAGGAUUUGAUGCAGACACAAUGCAUGCGUUUGAGGAGCUAAGGAACCUAGCUUGUCCAAAAUAAAAAU